UGCCACUUGCUCAUCCUAUAAGUAGUCUUAUGCAAUUAAGUGGAAAGCCAAAAAAGAAGUUGAAAAGAAACAUGCCCACUUUACCGCGUGAGGUGCAAUGCUGCUAGGCUCAAGAUGUAGCUUCAAAAGUGCCCUUCAAGAGUCUCAGCACAAACGAAAAAUCAUGAUUUUAAAAGAUACAAUUCAAGCACGUAACAGGAUUGUUGACAAAUGUACCUGGAACAGAACUGCAAAAAGGAGAAGAAAUAAACUAGGCGUGGAUCUAGAAUUUUCAUCAAGUGGGGCAAACAUAUUCAUAAAACAGAUUUGGUAUUAUGUCAUUUUGAGGAGGCUGCCAAUUUGCAAGUGGGAGAAUAAAUCAAUUAACUUCCUGACUGGUAUUGUCGGCAUUCGGAAUGAACAUGUAUAAUUAUGUGUUUACAUGGGGGUAUGUACAUAAGGUGAUGGACAGAAAUUCAUCAAUACUGAUUGUGGCUGAGCAUCUUCUCCUAAAUCACAAAUGACUUCUGCAUCAUUCGUGAAUAUGUCCACUGUUAACUAAAAUCAAUGUUCCUCAAGUAGUGCAUGCUCAAAGAAUAUAAUGUAAGAUGUGCGGUCAUACAAGACUAGACAAAAUUAAAGCGGUCACAUUCGCGUGAAAGUUCAAGUAGCACACAUCGAGGAUAAAAUAAGAUAAGGUCGCUUGAGAUGAUUUGGUCAUGUCUUAUGUCAACCACCAUAGGCGCGGGUCAAUCUAUCAUGUGAAACCAUGGUGAGCGAAGGUCUUAAAAGGGAACGAGGUAGGCCUAAAAUCACUUGGAAUGAAGUUGUCUCAAAAGACCUACAAUCUCUUGGGAUCCAUGCAGAUUUAACAAAAAAUAGGACACAAUGAAAGAAAAAGAUCUAUAUAGGUGAUACCUAUUAGUUGAGAAUAUGUUUUGAUCAUAUUAACACUUCUACUCUACGUCCUAUGCUUUUCUAGGAGUUGUUUACCCUUACGAAUGUAUUUUAUGUUCGUAGAAUAUAAUGAACUUCUUGUACUUUUUAUUUUUCUGUGAUUAUUUUGUAUCAUAUUGGCCUGAGAUGGGUUUAUAUCGAGUAACGUGGUCCGUGAGUAUUCAUAUAGCUGACCCCGACUUGUUUGGGAUUGAGGAGGAGUUGUUAUUAUAUUUAUUUGUCUAUUUUUAAAUUUGAGAUCAUCUUAAAGUUUUUAUUUGCAUCUCCAUGUUAUGGGUGAACUCUCUUGUA